AUAAUAACACAUACUCAGUGGAACACAACUUACAAGUAAACUGUAAAACAAAAAUAAAACCUUCAAGAUGCGGAUGCUCAAUCUUAACCAAGUGGCUCCUGACUUCACCACCAAUGCAGUGGUAGCUGGUGGCUUUCGGAAUUUUUCCCUAUCGGACUUGCGGGGCAGAUACGUACUUUUGGUAUUCUAUCCGGCGGACUUCUCCUACGUCUGCCCCACGGAGCUGCAGGCAUUUAGCGACAGAGCUCCGGAAUUCCGGAACGUGGGCUGUGAGGUCCUGGCCUGUUCGACGGACAGUCACUUUGUGCACUGUGCCUGGAUGAAUACGCCACGAAAGAGCGGGGGUCUGGGGGAGUUGGACAUUCCCCUGCUGGCGGACAAGAACAUGCAGAUUGCCAGGGACUACGGGGUCCUCGACGAGGCCACAGGACUGGCUCUACGUGCCUUGUUCAUCAUCGAUCGCGAGGGGCGCAUUCGCCAGAUCACCGUAAACGAUAUGGGCGUGGGUCGCAGUGUGGAUGAGGCACUGCGUCUGGUCCAGGCCUUCCAGUUCAGCGAUGAGUUCGGCGAGGUCUGUCCAGCCAACUGGCGUCCGGGAGCCAAGACCAUGAAGGCUGAUGCCUCCGGAAAGGAGGAGUACUUCAAGUAUGCGUCGUAAACUCACAAUAAAAACUUUUUCGGGGGUGCAAGCAGCCAAAUAAUUGGUUAGAAUGACCUUACGUUUUAAUUUA